ACUCAGAGAGAGACAGUCAGUGUGAACAGAGACAGAACAACUACAGACAUCAACUACAGAACCAACAGAACCUGAACUGCUGGAACCAUCUGAUCUAAGCGCCUCCUCUUUCAGCCUGCUGAUCUGUUGGCAUGUUCUGGCUCAGGAUGACUUCCUGUCAGUUGUCCCUCCUCUUCCUUUUGCCUUUGGUGUCCUCCAUCAUGGCUGUUGCUGCCCAACCCGCUGGCUGCAAAAUCCGCAUCACUGACAAAGGACUGGAGAUGUUGAAGUCUGAGACCCAGAGGUUUGUUGAAGAGGAGCUCGGUAACAUCAGUAUGCCAGAGAUGAACGGCAAAGAAGGACGCUUCCAAUACACCAUCACUGAUGUGAAGAUAACAGAGUUGAAUCUGACUCACGCUGACCUGCAAUUCAUCCCUGAAGUUGGUUUGUUGUUCGAUGUUCAGAACUCAUCGAUCUCGCUGAGUUUCCACCGACGGAUCCUCUACUGGUUCUUUUAUGACACAGGAAGCAUCAAUGCGUCGGCUGAAGGAGUGAACAUCAACACGGUUCUGAAUCUGAUCAGAGAUGAUGAAGGACGACUGAAGAUCAAUAACAUCACCUGUGAUGCCAAAAUAGCCAAAAUGAGGGCAAAGUUCAGCGGAACGCUCGGGAGAGUUUAUGACUUCCUGGCCAGCUUUCUGACAACAGGCAUGCGCUUCCUCCUCAACCAAAAGAUCUGUCCCGCUCUGGAUCACGCUGCUCUGGUUCAUGUGAACUCGAUGUUGGAGACGAUCCCUGUGAGGACGGAGGUUGAUCAGUUUAUUGGGAUAGAUUAUUCUCUGAUUGAUGAUCCAGUGGUGACGUCCAGGAGCCUUGACAUGCACUUCAGGGGGAUGUUUUUCGACCUGUCUGAUCAGAAUGACACGUUGGUGAACUACGCCGUCGACCCGGUCAUCAGAGAGUAUGACAGGAUGGUUUAUCUCGCUCUCUCCGAGUUCUUCUUCGACAGUGGAAUGUUUUCUUAUUACAGAGCAGGAAUCUUCCAGAUGCACAUCGUUAACGAGAAGAUGCCCAAAGACAUGGAGAUGUUGUUGAGAACCACCUACUUUGGAGCCAUCAUGAUGCUGAACCCGGCUCUGGUGGAUGCUCCGUUCUCUCUGGAGCUCGCUGUAAACUCGGCUCCAAAAACCUCCAUCAAGACGUCUGGGGCGACGGUUGUCAUGACAGCCAUCGUGAGGGUGAUGCUGCUGCCUCCAGGUCAGCCUCCAGUCCAGCUCAGCAGCAUGACCAUGGAAACAAAGUUUAACGCUAAAGUUUCUAUGAAGGGAAAACGUCUGGCUGUUCAUGCUGACCUCCGCAGGUUUAAAAUCUUCUCCAAUCAAUCUGCACUGGAAUCUCUGGCAUUGAUUCCUCUGCAGGUUCCUCUAAAGACGAUAUUGCAGAUGUCUGUGGUUCCUUUAAUCAACAACUGGACAAAGAGAGGUGUUCAGAUUCCUCUGGCUGAUGGGAUGGAUUUCAUUGAGGAGGUGGUUGAAUAUCACAACGGUUUCAUCGUGAUCGGAGCAAAUCUUCACUUCAGCAAAGGACUGAGAGAAAUGAUUGCAGGGAACACCCAGAAAGAGCCAGAGACCAACACCGUCUAAAGAUAUAUAUGUAGAAUAUACAGUAUAUACAGCCGGGUGACAAAUUUAGUAAAAUGUUGGGCCCCCACGGGCCGCCAGAACAGCUUCAAUGCACCCUGGCAUUGGUUCUAGAAGUCUCUGGAACUCUACUGGAGGGAUGGACACCUUCCAGAAGAUAUUCCCUCUUUUGGUGUUUUGAUGGUGGUGGUGGAGAGCGCUGUCUAACACGUUGGUCCAAAAUCUCCCAUAGGAGUUUAAUUGGGUUGAGAUCUGGUGACUGCAAAGGCCACAGCGUAUGAUCCACAUAAUUUUCAUCCUUAUCAAACCAUUCAGUGAGCCCUUGUUCCCUAUGGAUGGGGGCACUGUCAUCCUGGAAGAGACUAUUCCCAUUGGGAUAGAAAUGUUUCACCAUAGGAUAAAGGUGAUCACUCAGAACAACUUUGUACUGAUCCCCAGUGAUCCUUCCCUUUAAGGGGACAAGUGGAUCCAAACCAUGCCCUCACAGCAUAACAGAGCCCCCGGAUCGCCUCACUGUAGGGGUCCAGCAUUCAGGCCUGUACCGUUCUCUCGGUGUACGCCACACAUGCAUUUGCCCACCUGUGGAGAACAUGUGAAGGAUGACUCAUCUGACCAGAUCACCUUUUUCCACAUCUCUGUAGACCAGUGCCGAUGGUUUCCACUGAACUCUCAAAUGUGCAUUCAUCUUUGAGAUGAGGGGUUUCUGCACUGCAACCCUACUACAAUAUCCCUCUAUAUGUGAUUGUCAAUGGACUGUUCUUGUUGACAGUCUGAUCAUGUCCUGCACUGACAUUCUCAGUCACCUGAUGAAGAGUUGCUCUUUUGGUUUUCCUUACGUAUCGCACUAAUGAACGAGUAUCAUGCUCAUGAAAUGUGCGCUGUCGACCACAAUUUCCGACCCUAUUUACUGAUGUCUUUCCCAUCGAUCUAAAUGCAGAUGUCACUUUAGUCACUGUUCCUAUGGAAACAGCCAGUUGAGCAGUCUUUGUGACUGAAGCUUCUGCCAUCCAUGCCUCAACAAUGAACCCUCUGUCAAAGUCACUUAGAUCUUUUCCUCUUGCCAUCUUGACAUAAAAUCUGAAUCAGUGCAGCAGGGCUCACUGUACGGUUUGGUGAGGAUGGAAAUGAUGUGAAUAAAAUGCUGAAGCCUUUACAGUCACCUGAUCUCAACCCAGUUUCAUACCUAUGUAAGAUUUUGGAUCAACGUGUAACACAGCGCUCUCCACCACCAUCUCCAUAAGACCAGAUGAUAUAAUAUAAACUUUCAUCUUCACAUCUAUGUAGUGACGUCCGUGACUGUCUCUGAUGCUGUCUGUCCUUUAGCUUGUGUGUCUCUCUACCCGCUGUACUCAGGUCUGUCUGAUCUCAGUGAGACGACCUGAUUAAAUAAAGGUUGUAUAUAUAACUGAGGGAGCAUCUAGUGGAGGAGGUGUUCAUCCCUCCAAUAGAGUUCCACAGACUUGGCAAGCAGCACUAAAGCUGAUCUGGAGGUCUUGUGGUGUCCUGACUCCAUACUAACACACUUCAUUUUGCUUUCUCCAUUUAUUUGUCACCCAUCUGUGUAUACAACACUGUCAGAAUCUAUAUAUGACAGACUGUGUCAAUAUACAUUAUAACAUUAUGUAGGUAAACAAACAUAUGACAACACUGACACAGUGCCUGUGUGCUAACUUAGGCUCCACCCAUCAGAGGGACAUUUCCUAAUUAUUUGAGUCCUUCAGUGAACUGAGACUGUCAACAGAAAACUGAUGGUGCGUUCAGGGGGUCCAACAUAAAUCAGACAUCUGCCAGUAUACCAACAGGUAGUUUUUCAGAGGCCUGUACUAUGUAGCAGGAUUUGGGGUUAGAGAGGUAAGUUCUGGCUUAACCCGGGGUUUUUAUUCUUAUGACGGUGGUUCACUUUUUACCGGGGUACAUCGCCAUGGUAACUUAGGCUACACACCUAACCUGCUCCAGAGCAGGUUAUGUUCGAGAUAUCAGAUCAACGCUAUAAAAGCACAGUUUACUGACCAAUCAGUUAUCUUGGAAAAUGGCAUCAUUUGUAGAAGAUCCCGUGGAUAUAUUAAUUAUUAAGAUCUAAGUUCUAAUAAUACACCCAUGAGAGGAGUCCGUGGAGUGGUGCACGGAUCGUCAGAGGGUCUCUUAGGAGAGAGAGUGUUCAAGAGCAGGUGUUGUGAAGAAGAUGUUGAGUUAGUAACAUGCAAUAAUGGGAAAAAAUGCAUACAGAUGGAGAGGGAGAGGACGAGAGAGGAAACAGGUGCAUCAUGGGAAGUCUCCCGGCAGUCUAGACCUAUAGCAACAUAACUAAAGGAUGGCUCCCAAGCCAGCCUACUCUUAAAUGUGGAGAUGGUGUCUGCCUCCCGAACCCAAACUGGGACCUGAUUCCACGGGAGAGGAGCUUGAUACCUGAAGGCUCUGGCUCCCGGUCUACUUUUGGAGACUCUAGGAACCACAAGUAACCCUGCAUCCUGGGAGCGCAGUGUUCUAGUCGGGUAAUAAGGUAUUAUGAGAUCUUUGAGAUACGAUGGUGCCAGACCAUUAAGAGCUUUGUAGGUGAGGAGAAGGAUUUUAAAUUCUAUUCUGGAUUUUACAGGAACCAGUGCAGAUAAAGUAAUAUUGCAGAAAUAUGAUCUCUUUUUCUAGUUCUUGUCAGUACACGUGCCGCAGCAUUCUGGAUCAACUGGAGAGUCUUAAGGGACUUAUUCACGCAGCCUGAUAAUAAGGUAUUGCAAUAAUCCAGACUAGAAGUAACAAAUGCAUGGACUAGUUUUUCGGCAUCAUUUUGAGACAGGAUGUGCCUGAUUUUUGCAAUGUUGUGUAGGUGAAAGAAGGCAGUCCUUGAUGUUUGUUUCAUGUGGGAGUUAAAGGAUAAAUCCUGAUCAAAGAUAACUCUGAGGUUCCUUACGGUGCUGCUGGAGGCCAGGGCAAUGCCAUCUAGAGCAACUAUGUCUUUAGAUAAUGUGUCUCAGAGGUGUUUGGGGCCAAGUACAAUAACUUCAUUUUUGUCAGAGUUUAACAUCAGAAAAUUGCAGGUCAUCCAGGUUUUUAUGUCUUUAAGGCAUGCUUGAAGUUUAGCUAAUUGAUUAGUUUAAUCUGGCUUGAUCGAUAGAUAUAAUUGGGUAUCAUCCGCAUAACAAUGAAAGUUUAUGGAGUGUUUCCUAAUAAUAUUGCCUAGAGGAAGCAUAUAUAAGGUGAAUAGAAUUGAUCCAAGCACAGAACCUUGUGGAACUCCGUGACUAACUUGUGCAAACUGCGAGACUACAUCUAAGCAACACAUUCAUUUAAUGGAAUACAUAAGCGUAAACAUAGAUGUAGUCAUGGCCUAAUGAUGGGGCAGUGUUAUUAUAAGCCUAUUAAUUUAUACAUGGGAAUCCAUUCCCAUCCCAUUUCUUCACAAUUGAGAAUGACUUCCGGAUGGGAGCCGAAACGUCUUGAUUCUGAAAACAGUGUCCAGAUGACUACAACUGAAACCUUUUCUAUGAUAUCCUGGGUAUGUUGAACUUGCUUCGUAGUACAGGCCUCUGGAGCACAGAGUUUAAUCCCAGUGUUAAACUGGGACCAGUAUGAUGAAUACUGACUUUGGUUGUGAUGUUUGACCUGAAUUCAUGAUGGACAGCUGUCAAUCAGUGCUGCAGGGUAAAGGUCAUAUUUACUCUGAAACAAAAACUCUUGGUACUGAACCUCAUGGACAAAUGACAACAUGUCUGUGCAAUUUUCUUUCAUACAAAGUUUCUGUUUACAUUCAGUUUCUUAUUAAAACUCAUUGUGUGAAUCUCUGAGCUCUAACAAACAUGCUGACUGUACUUCCUUACUCAAAACAUUCAUAGAGCUGAAUUUUUACUAUAAAUUCUUGUUUACAUACA